AUGGCGUGUGACAUAAAAAUAGGAUGGGCAUUCGUUAAUAUUUUGUUGUUGAUUUCAACUUUGCAACAAUGUGUUCUAGGGUUAUCACAAGUACCUUGCAUUUUCAUUUUCGGGGAUUCGUUGAGUGACAGUGGCAAUAACAAUCUUCUUGCAACAUUAACAAAGGCCAAUUACCUUCCUUAUGGGAUUGACUUUCCCAUUGGACCAACAGGAAGGUUUUGCAAUGGUGAAACCCGAGUCGACGUAAUCGCCAAAUUUUUGGGUUUUGUUAAUUAUAUUCCACCAUUUGCAAUGGCUACCUCCUACAUACUUACAGGUUUGAAUUAUGCAUCUAGUGGAUCAGGAAUUCUCGAUCAUACUGGUGGAAACCUGGGUGAGCAUAUUAGUUUAAAUCAACAGCUUCAAAAUCACAAAGUAACAAUCAAAAGUAUUGUUGCAAAACUAGGAACUAUAGAUUCAGCUACUCAAUGUCUAAAUCAGUGCCUUUACACUGUUGGAAUGGGCACUAACGAUUACGCCAACAACUAUUUAUCCACCCUGUUUUCCUUGAAAAGCCUCCUGUAUGACCUGGAGAAACACACAAAUUCUUAUUCAUCAAUUGAAAAGUGCAUGGGAGACUCAAAGGCAAGCGCUGACAAUUCUAUUCUGAAAGAAGAGCAGAUGCCCAGGCACAUAAAGUUACAUUAUGCAAUGCUUUUCUUUUCCCUUUCUGUUUCAAAAUUGGUGUUCUUAGCUCAGUUAUACAUAGCCACGUUGAUAAGAACACUUUCUGUAGGAAAGUUGGAGAAAGGUGCUGUCUUGAGGGCCAUUUGUGCUGGUUUUGAGGAAGCAACUGAGCCAGCUGCUUGUUUGAGUGGUGAACAUAUUCAGGACCCUUUGGUGGGAGUUGGAACCUUCACUGAGUAUGGUGGAACUCUUUGGAGAUGUUCUUUGUAUAAGCGUGGAGCAAGGAAAGUGACGGUGGCUGGACUGGGAUUAAUCGGCUGUACUCCAAAUGCAAAAUCUUUAUAUGAGACAAAAGGGUUAUGUGUGGAGAAGAUGAAUUCAGCCGAAAGUCUUUUCAACGAAAAGCUAAAAUUACUUGUCCUUAAACUCAAUAGUCAACUAAAAAAUGCCACCUUCAUUUCAUCAACAAUAGAAAAAUUGCAGCAGUAUCUGCACUUUUCCCUGUGUGGAAAUUUAGCUAUGAAAAAUAUUGAUUCAAGUGGGGAAUGCUGUGAAGUGGGGAGAUGGUUUAUGCAAGCCUUCUUCAACUCCAUGCAAGGAAAGAAAUGCUGUCAUAUUCUGGGAUUCAUUUCAUCCACUGAGAUUGUAAACAAGCACCAAGCAGAGAUUAAAUUUAGUAAUUCGGACACAAAUGUGACAUUUCCUAUGGACAUUCAAAGAUGGUUCGCUUGUUUGAAUUAUGCAUCUAGUGGAUCAGGAAUUCUCGAUGAUACUGGUGGAAACCUGGGUGAGCAUAUCAGUUUAAAUCAACAGCUUCAAAAUCGCAAAGUAACAAUCAAAAGUGUCGUUGCAAAACUAGGAACUACAGAUUCGGCUACUCAAUAUCUAAAUCAGUGCCUUUAUAAUGUUGGAAUGGGCACUAACGAUUACGCCAACAACUAUUUCUCCACCCUGUUUUCCUUGAAAAGCCUCCUGUAUGACCUGGAGAAACACACAAAUUCUUAUUCGUCAACUUUGCACGAUCUUGGAGCGAGGAAGAUUGUCGUGUUUGGACUGGGACGCUUAGGUUGCACCCCGUAUACAAUCAAUGUGUUUCCAGUAAACAUCACUGGAUGUGUAGAGAAUUCGAACCAUGCGGCCAAACUCUUCAACAAAAAGCCGAAGUCACUUGUUGAUCAACUCAAUACUAAUUUAAGUGAUGCAAAAUUCAUUUAUGUUAACAAAAUGCAUUAUGUACAGAGAUCGAUGUUGAAACUAUACUGGGUGGUUUUUGUUUUGGUGGUGGUGGUCGUGGCUUCAAAUAUGAACAUAUUUGGUGUUGGUGGUGGUGGUGGAGAACCACUGGUGCCUUGUUAUUUCAUCUUCGGAGAUUCAUUGGUUGAUAGUGGCAAUAAUAAUAACCUUGCAACACAUGCUAAAGCCAAUUACACCCCUUUUGGAAUUGAUUUUCCCCACGGACCAACUGGAAGAUUUACCAAUGGUCGGACCACCGUCGAUUUUAUUGCUGAAAAAUUGGGUUUCUCUCAUUUCAUUCCAUCUUUUGCAACUGCUAAUGGAUCAGAGAUCCUGAGGGGUGUAAAUUAUGCAUCCGGCUCAGCAGGAAUCCGGGAUGAAACUGGAAAGCAACAGGGCGAUCGCAUCAACUUAAAAAAGCAGUUGAAACAUCACAAAAUCACAGCCUCACGUAUUGCUAGGAUUCUAGGCAGCAAUGAGUCGGCUAAUCAGCACCUCCAGAAGUGCUUAUAUUCUGUUGAGAUGGGCAGUAACGAUUACAUCAACAAUUAUUUCUUGCCCCAGUUUUAUAAUACAAGUAAACUCUACAACCCGGAUCAAUAUGCCACUGUCCUUGCUGAUCAAUUUUCCAGAAAACUCACGUCUUUGUAUAAGCAUGGAGCUAGGAAAGUAACGGUGGCUGGACUGGGAUUAAUCGGCUGUACUCCAAAUGCAAAAUCUUUAUAUGAGACAAAAGGGUUAUGUGUGGAGAAGAUGAAUUCAGCCGCAAGUCUUUUCAACGAAAAGCUAAAAUUACUUGUCCUUAAACUCAAUAGUCAACUAAAAAAUGCCACCUUCAUCUUCAUCAACAAUAGAAAAAUUGCAGCAUAUUGAAUAUGUUUUGGGAAAUUAAUAUGUGUGGAAAUUUCAGCUAUGAAAAAUAUUGAUUCAAGUGGGGAAUGCUGUGAAGUGGGGAGCCAUGGUUUAUGCAAGCCUUCUUCAACUCCAUGCAAGGAAAGAAAUGCUGUCAUAUUCUGGGAUUCAUUUCAUCCUACUGAGAUUGUAAACAAGCACCAAGCAGAGAUUACAUUUAGUAAUUCGGACACAAAUGUGACAUUUCCUAUGGACAUUCAAAGACUGGUUCGCUUGUAA